AUGUCAUUGGUGCUCAUUAGCAAAUUAUUGACUCGUAAGGCUUACAAUGUUGAUGCGUUUAAGAGAACUAUGACGACUGUUUGGGCUCUUGCCAAUGGUGUUGUGACUAGGGUUAUGGAGAAGGUGUUAAACGGCAGACUGUGGUGUUUUGACAAUAUGCUCGUGAUUUUGAAGGAGAUCGAUGGCAAUGAACAACCGGAGGAAGUAGUCUUGACAAAAUCACCCUUUUGGGUGAGAAUAAAAAACCUACCUUUCAAUUGUAGGUUUGAUGCUCAUGUUAGAAAGCUUAUUGAAGGGAUAGGUGAAGUUAUGGAGAUAGAAGAGGAUGACUUGGGAAUUGUUUGGUUUCGAAGAGUAAAAAUCAUGCUUAAUACGACCCGCCCUCUACGACGAUUUCAAAAAAUCAUAGAUCGAAGAUGGAAAGACCUGCAGGUAGACUUUGCUUAUGAACGCUUGCCUUUUUUCUGUUUUGCGUGUGGUAUGAUGAGGCACUCUGAACAACUUGAACAUACAGAGGCAGAGGAGGACUCGAUUUUGAAUGUUGCUGCUGGAAUUUCUCACUUUACCCCACCUGAUGCGCGGGAGAUAGUGGCUACUUUACCUAGUACACUACCUAGUAAUGCCCCUGGUGUUGUGAAUUCAAAUGCAAAAGAUAAGUGUACUAUGGACUUAUUUAAGCAGAUCUUUGCUCAGACCUUUGCUCAGCUUGUGUCCUAA